UCCUCUCCCGCGCGCGCACGGAAUGGGGGCGAAGGCGGCGGCAUUGUCGGCGGCGGGGUCGGCGACGCUGCUCUACGUCGUGCUCUCCGGGCGGCUGUCCUCCGAAGGCCCGGAGGACUCGCCUUGGCGGCGGCGACCGCGGCGGGAGGCCGAGGGAAGCGAGGAGACGAGGUGGCCGGAGAGGGCGCCGGCGAGCUGGAGGGAGGCGGCGGCCGUGGCGGCGAGGACGGUGGGGUUCGCGUACGGGGAGACGCUGGGGAAGUGGCCGCUCGGGGACAUCGCCUUCGGGAUCCGUCACUACAUGCGCCUCCAGGGUAAUCUGCAGCAUGAGUAUGCAGGUAGCAAUUCUGUUCCCUUGGAAGGUCCUGGAGUAAGACAAGAGAUGAUUGCACUUCUCAGAUACCUGAGGCUCUGCAUGUUCUUCUCAAAGAAGCCUUAUGAAGUGUUCCUACGGUUCGGUGGAUAUGAUCAGAGUGACAUUCUCAUAGAGAAGUCCAAGGCAAGGCUUAUGAGGCCUGCCUUCACGAUUGUCCGUGACGAAAGUACCAGAUGCUUCCUCCUUUUCAUCCGGGGGGCCAUCAGUGUCAAGGAUCGCCUGACGGCGGCGACAGCUGCAGAGGUUCCCUUCCAUCAUGCAGUAUUCCAGGAAGGCCGUGGAUCCCGUGUUGUGUUUGGGCAUGCACAUUGUGGAAUGGUUGCGGCAGCUCGCUGGAUUGCGGACCAGGCCAUUCCCUGCCUCAGCAGAGCAGUCGAGCAAUUCCCAGACUACAGAAUUAAGAUCAUUGGGCAUUCAAUGGGUGCUGGUAUUGCAGCACUUUUAACAUACAUACUGCGUGAGAACAAGAAGUUAUCAUCAUCUUCUUGUAUUGCUUUUGGACCAGCUGCUUGCAUGACCUGGGACUUGGCUGAGUCUGGCAAAGACUUUAUCACCACCAUUGUCAAUGGAAACGACCUGGUGCCAUCUUUGGGAAAGGUCUCAGCUACCAGCCUUCGCACAGAGGUCAUGGCAUCAUCCUGGGCACCUGAUCUCCAGAAACAAAUUCAGCAGAAAAUAAUCUUGGGUUUGCUAAACAACUCGGUGAAUUUCAUGCUGUCCCGCAUCCCAUUCAUAUCCAAUUCAAGGCGUAAGGUUCCAGAUGUCGAUAUGCUGCUAUCUCACACUUCCGAGGCUGAAACAACAAAGCUUUCAGAAGAUGCACUUGCUGCAGUACUGAAGAAACAUUCUGCAUUGUCCUACUGGCCAUAUGUUGCUGCAAACAGGCAAGCUGUUGAGCCUGUGGUGAACCCUACUCACAGCAUUACAGGACUGAUGUCCACCUAUGUCAAAGGAACUGAGAAAUGCACAGAGAAACAAGCUGCAGGAGAACAAGCCUCAUGCUCUCCUGGAGAAGCUGACAAAGAGGUGGACAAACAAACAGACGGAGAUGAACACAUGGAGCAGCUCCUGGAAGCCCUGCGAUCGUCAUCGUCGUCGAGUGCCUCUGAGCUGCCUCCCCAUUGCCAGCUAUACCCUCCCGGAAGGAUCAUGCACAUGGUUGCAUUGCCAGCAACCGAAGAGGGAAACAAAAUUGACCAAGGCAGGCGGAGUGAUGGUGUCGCCCUCUAUGACACCCCUCGUGGAAUGUACGGUAAGAUACGGCUCGCACGAUCUAUGGUAAGAGACCAUUACAUGCCGAGGUACGUCGAGACGAUGGAGAUGCUUGUCAGCAAGCUCACAGAGGAUGACGCCCCUCUUGACGACACCAACAACCCGUUGGACUAACUUGAAAAGGACAAUAGUUUGAUAGUCAAACUUAGUUGUUGUACAGGCUAUGAUCAAUAAACUCUUUGUUUCUAAAAAGAGUCCCACGAACAAUGAAGAAGCAUUGUGCAGAUUUCAGAGUACUGGAAUCCAGAUUGCAGAUUUAGUAGCUCA